GAGGACACACCGGGAAAACCCAAAAUGCAUUAGAGCCUAUCGGCUUGAACACACCUCUUUCAAGCUAAGCCACGAUUGGCUGAAGGGGACGUUGUUGUGCAGUGCGUACGCGCGGCAGUGUCACCGGCUACGAUCAGUACCUUGUGAGUGGAUCAGCCUCUGCAACACCAGUAGCCGGGGCUCUCAGCCCUCCUUCCCCCAUCGGUAGCAGUCGCGCUCUCAGCGUGGUGGCCAUACACUGACUGACACAUACAGUAGUCUGGCUGAAGAAUACCAUUCAACGGGCCAUAAAUGUGGAAGGCCACCUUUGUAUUAUAUACAUUCAUUAGGACCAGCUGCCUAAAGGAUUGGUACAGCAAUCCAUGAAGAGGAGCUGCAGAGCUUCACCAGGAUCCCGGAAGCAUCAGUCUGAGCAGCCCUUCCAAUUUGCCACACACUCCCAUAUGGUCAGGAAGUACAGUUAAAAUUGCCCAAACUGCCCAACCAAAUCUUGGCAUAUUUCACCAACUUUGGAAGAAUGGGUAGGGGGGGGGGGUCUGCAAGCCCUGGAUUUUUCCCAGCACCUUAUCACCUUUUGGCUUUUAACUGUCUUUCACCAUCAAAAUGCAGAUAAAAGAAGAUAUGAAUCCAGUUCUUCUCUACCUUCUCCAUUUUCUGAUGUGGCUUUAUGGUGUUAUAACAUUUGUGCCAUGGUUCCUGCUGUCGGGCGCACAAGACAGGCAGGUCCGGGCCAGUCGCGUGAAGGCAAAACCUACAUCAGACAAGCCAGAGAGUCCAUACCGAUCAGUGGACAGUUUCCAUAGCCUCGCCUCUUCCCUAUACAAAGGCUGUGACACCCUGGACAAGGUCUUUAAACAUGGCACUGAAUUAUUCAAACACAGGGACUGCUUGGGAACCCGAGAGGUAUUGAGCGAGGAAGACGAGGUCCAGCCUAACGGCAAAGUUUUCAAAAAGGUGAUCUUAGGAAGGUACAACUGGAUGUCCUACGAGGAGGCCUACUUGUUUGCUUCGCAGUUUGGAAAUGGUCUUGCUGCACUCGGUCAGAAACCCAAGUCCAACAUUGCCAUAUUCUGUGAGACUCGAGCGGAGUGGAUCAUAGCAGCUCAGGCCUGCUUCAUGUACAAUUUCCCACUUGUUACGCUGUAUGCUACUCUGGGUGGCCCUGCCAUCGCGCAUGGACUUGUCGAAACAGAGGUGACACACAUCGUCACCAGCAAGGAACUUCUGCAAACAAAGCUAAAGGCAAUACUCCCUCAGGUCCCUCUUCUGAGGCACAUUAUACUUUUGGAUGGCAUGGGUACACAGCAGACUGAUUUCCCCAAGAAUAUCACUGUUCAUAGUAUGGGCGCGGUGCAAGCCUUUGGAGCAAAGCAAUUGAAUACGCAACGUUCCUACCCUGCGGCACAUGAUAUUGCUGUGAUUAUGUAUACCAGCGGCUCAACCGGCAUUCCAAAAGGAGUCAUGAUUUCUCACAGUAACUUAAUAUCGGGCAUCACUGGGAUGGCACAAAGGAUACCUAACCUGGGGGAUACUGAUACAUACAUAGGAUACCUGCCUUUGGCCCAUGUCUUGGAGCUGAGUGCUGAGUUGGUUUGUCUUUCACGAGGGUGCCGUGUAGGUUACUCCUCACCACAGACACUAUCUGACCAGUCCACGAAAAUCAAGAAAGGGAGCAAAGGAGACGCUUCAGAACUUCAGCCAACUCUGAUGGCAGCAGUCCCUGAAAUCAUGGACCGCAUUUAUAAGAAUGUCAUGAGCAAAGUGGCCACGAUGAGCCCAGUACAGAAAGGCCUCUUCUCCUUGGCUUACAACUACAAGAUGAAGCAGAUUUCCAGAGGUUACAGCACUCCUCUGUGUGACAGGGUUGUGUUUUGGAAAGUGAGAAAGCUGCUAGGAGGGAAGUUGCGAGUUCUGCUGUCUGGCGGAGCCCCGCUUUCUGCAGCCACCCAACGUUUCAUGAACAUCUGUUUCUGUUGCCCAGUGGGCCAAGGAUAUGGCCUGACGGAGACCUGCGGAGCUGGCACCAUUACAGAAGUGUGGGACUUUAGCACCGGCAGGGUAGGAGCACCAUUGGUCUGUUGUGAGAUAAAGUUAAAGAACUGGGAAGAAGGCGGGUACUAUAACACAGAUCGGCCAUGUCCAAGAGGUGAGAUCCUGAUUGGUGGGCCCAAUGUUACCAUGGGCUACUACAAAAAUGAGGGCAAGACUCGGGAGGACUUCUUUGUGGAUGAAAAUAGACAGCGCUGGUUCUGUACUGGGGACAUUGGGGAAUUCCAUUCUGACGGCUGCUUAAAAAUCAUUGAUCGGAAGAAGGACUUGGUAAAGCUUCAAGCUGGGGAGUAUGUUUCUCUGGGAAAAGUGGAGGCUGCACUGAAGAACCUUCCCAUUGUUGAUAACAUCUGUGCGUACGCAAACAGUGAUCAGUCCUAUGUCAUUGGCUUUGUGGUAGCAAACCAAAAGGAGCUGUUGAAGCUGGCAGAGAAGAAGGGAGUGCAAGGAUGCUGGGAGUCUCUGUGCAACAAUGCAAUCAUGGAGAGGGAAGUGCAGAAGGUGCUCGCGGAGUCUCCUGCAGCAGCCACCCUGGAGAAGUUUGAGGUCCCUGCAAAGAUCCGCCUAGUUUCUGAACCUUGGACCCCUGAGACCGGACUGGUGACUGAUGCCUUCAAACUCAAGCGCAAGGAACUGAAGAGUCACUACCAGGAGGAUAUUGAGCGGAUGUACGGGGGGAAAUGAAGUACACUUUCCAUUCCAUCCGGGAAGGCCACUUAUUUAUUGGUCCAUUUUGAAGGCCCCUCUUGCAGCCAUUGGGUCUAAAUCCGCAAUCCUGUUACAAGGACGUGAGAUUAAAUGUAAAAACUUGAACUUCCUUAUAACAAAAACGUAAACCAAACCACAUUAAAAAAGGAAAACCUUUGUGAUGAAACAAACUAGGAUUUUACAUUUGAGUCGUAGAUCUGGGGUACCCUGCUGAUUCCAGGCUUCGAUUGAAUUUCUUGUGAAAUAGGAGCGGUAUUCUGUGCUCUCAAUGCUCUAAGAACAGAGACGGUUUUCCAGAUACAGAAUUUUGUGCAAUAUCAGACCAUUCUUAUGCCUUACAUGCUGGAAUCUACAAAACAUGAACUAAGGUCUUCUCGGUCUGCAAGGCACGGGGCAAAUGUGCCCGUUGUAGGUAGAAUUCCGUGCCAUUUUAUAAAGAUUUUUUAUUUAAAGCAGCAGUCUACAAGGUUCUUUUUUAUUAAGUCCGUGCUAAACUUGAAUAUGUGCAAUUCUCUCAGGUAAAUCUGUUUUAAACACACAAAGCCCCCCCCCCCCACACUGUGCUUAAACUUCGUAUAGCCAGUUAAGAUUGGGGCCCAUUCAUCCUACACAGGCAUUCAUGUAGAGACUUGAAAAGGAACGAAUAUACAAACAUGGAUUGGAAUUGAAAGGGAAACCUGCCUAGCUCAGAGUAUUUUUACUUAACAUAGUACUAGUGUAGUCUGUGGCAUGACUAGCCAUUGCAGAGACCCCCAACAAGCACUGGGGCUGCUACUUCUACAAAGUCUCUAAGUAGAGUUGUGUUCUGUGACACACUGUAGCUCUGGUUAUCUGAAUUUCUUCUCUUGGCAUUGUCCCUUUUGCACCACAAUAACUGGUGAAUGAAUGCACAGACCACUACUAUUUGUCCUUGACUGCGCUGCAACACAAAUUGGGGCAUAUUGAUCAUUCCAAGUUAAAGUGAUGACUGUAUUUGCCAUCCUUAACCAUUCCGCUCAGUCUGAGGACCUUCAGCGUUCACAAAUAAACCAAGUACAGGGAAGUCUCCACUGUAUCCGCAGUGAUCUUCCCUUUCCCGUACAUGGAGGGUGCAGUUGCUAAUUACACACUGCUGCUAUUGAGAUCAGCCAAGGACCUCUGCAAUUGACCCCGCUAGUAGAUGGAGGGAUAUACACACGUUACUGCAAGUCACUGAACUUAACCUGGCUAUACAUUAAAAUAUAUGCUUGUUUGGUGAGAUCACCAAACAAAUUGAUCUUUCACUGAUUUGCCCACCUUGAGGAGAGAGAGAUCGGGCUGAUCUGAUCAGUGGGCUCUAGGGCCUAGCUAUUGGAUCACUACAGAGAUACAGGUUGUCAGAUCGAGGACCAUAUAAAUGAGCUGAUGCGGUCCUCACAGGACUUUUAAAUCUGUCCAAUCAAUAUCUGGCUGAUUUUUGGCCAGAUAUUGGUUGGAUAUGCCUGUCAGAGUGCCCCAUACACAGCCAGAUAAACUUCCAAAUUGGCCUGAAGUGGCUGAAUCAGUGGCCCUUGUAUAACCAGCUAAAGUCUCAUUUAAAGGUGGCCAUAGACUCAAAGAUCUGUAUGGCCGAACAAUCGAAUUACGAUGCGCCGAGGGGCUCCGACGGGUCGAUCGGUUGGUUAAAAAUCAAACCUUCCCGAUCAAUAUCGUGGCCAGAUAUCGAUCGGGAAGACCCGUCGGAAGCCCCCAUACACGGGCAGAUGAGCUGUCAAAUCGGUCCAAACGACCGAUAUCGGCAGCUUUAUCUGCCCGUGUAUGGCCACCUUAACUUGCCAUGUCUGUAGUCAAAGUGGUUACCUCUGAGCCUUUAAAGGAAUCCUGCCUCCUGAAGGUGGCCAUACACAGGGGCCAAAUGAGCUGUUCCCUCCUCAAUGUGCCCACAUUGAGGUGGGCAAUAUCGGGCUGAUCCGAUCGUGGGCCCUAGGGCCCAACAAUCAGAUCAUAAUGCUGGCAAUACGAGCGGUCUGAUCACGGGACCGCAUCUACGAAAAGAUGUGGCCACAAUCCGACUGGAUUUUUAACCCUGCCCGAUCUAAAUCUGACAGACUUUCGGCCAGAUAUCAAUCAGGGAAGCCAGUCGGAGGGCCGAUAAGCUGCCGACACAGUCUGUCAGCGGCCUGUGUAUGGUCAGCUUGAGCGCCUCCUGAAAGACAAAACAUGCAACAUCAUUGGCUUACUUGCUCAUCUGCUUAUUAUGUGGUAAUUACCCCUGCAGCAAAACUGUUUAACUUUAUUUACUAAACAGAAUAUGUGAAUGUCAGUAGGCAGUAUAUAAUAGCUUAUUAUGGAGAAAGUAAAAAUAAAAUGAUUAACCAUUUAGUGAAGCCUUAUACUGUUACCCUCUCUAAAGGUCAAAUUAAAUCUUGUUUUUUUUCCCCCCAUUUUUCAUUAACAAGCGAGAGUGUUUCCUUUACAAUCUGUAGCCACUAUUAAGGACUGCUGCUCAUAUCAUAUCUAUAAAAACUCUUUAUUUUAGUAGUGCUCUCCUUUGCAAAUGUAUGAAGGUAAAUGAAAGAAUGAGAAGUUCGUUGCUGGCAACCAAUACUGGAACCGUAUACCAGUUAAGAACAAAUACAUUUUUUUAUAUGUGGGAUAUAUUUUGUGACCCUCUUGUUUCACCCACUUGUUUAUGAUGAUCCUAUGGACAACCAUACCAAUAUCAGACCAUUUAAGGUUCAGUUCUAGGCCGUACAGUUUUAAGCAGAGAUAAUAUACCGUAAUUACCUGCCUGUACCCCUCCCUCUGCUUGACUAUGACACUUGGCAUCCUCUCUCUCUAUGGAGAUUGCUGGGUUUGGCCUCCCUAGACCAUAUUCUCCUAUAUUGGUCAUACAAGACUGUAUCCUGUAUCCCCGUCCAUGGGAGCCUUGUCACUGUUUGCACAAUAUUUGCUGGGAUUUGCCUGAAGCAGCAGUGUCUGUAGGAGAAGACUGACAUAUUACUGUCUUCCAUUCAACCUUUUUAUGAACUGAUUUUACGUUACUAUGUGAGUUGUCUCCAUUCUACAGAAAGUCUACCGACAUAUGUGUGGUCACUGACAUAAGUCUUGCUGAAAUGUUGGCUGUUCAGUAGCAAAAGAACACUGUCUCUGGAAGUAGCUCCACUCCUAGGACCAUCAAUGCGGACAAAACCCACUAACAUGGAACAAGUGCAAUUUAAGCAACCCCCUCCCCAAAAAUAUUUUUCUCUAUCCAAGAACAAUAAUUCCUAACUUGAAAUCACAGACUGCUGCUUUAAAUAUUAUCUAUAUCAAAUCAGACCCAAGGAGGCACAAGAGGCGGUGAGAGCAGAUUUGUAGAUGUUCAAAAAUGGCUUUGUACAAAAUGAAUCUUACUAGAGGAAUCCAGAAUAAUUACAUCCACUCGGGCCUUCUGGGUGGUUUCCUCUGGAACACUGACUGGUGUACAGUGUGUAAAUGUGUGUGUUAGCUGUUCUGUGGUUUCUUUUUAGCAUCGUAUUUGUGCUCUACUAGCCUAUAGUUUAGACUAUUCAUGUAUCAGCCAAGCCUAAUCAUUGCAGUCUGUGGUAUGUUGUUAUUUUUUUGUGCUCUCUUGUUUCUGAUUGGGUUUGUUUGUGGCUGAAAAGUAAAAAAAAAAAAAAAAAGGGGGGGUUGGUAAUGCUCAAGAAGCAUGACUGCUCUUUGCACCUUGCCUUUAGCUAGGCACAUACUAAAUCUGAGCCCUCCUGUCUGCAUGAAAUGGGUAAGGCCAGGCUGGCACCAUUCACUGGCUGUUUGGCAUUGAGGGCACCAAAUUAUUUUCACUCUAUUUUAGUUGGAAAAAAAGGUUCCGUCAUUUACAAGUGGAAAAUUCACUUCUUUAAUAGGAAUAAUUGGUGUUUAUCCAAUAUCCUGGACAGAAAAUAGCUGGCUGCUGUAUCACUUGUACUUUGACGUCUGUUUAGAGUGUCACUUUCCUACCCGGGUAGCUUUGCUUUUCCCAGACAUAUAGGUUUAUGGUAAUAGUAACUUUUGAAAUGAUCUCUCAACAGUUCCUCCUGAUUAAAGGGGUGGUUCACUCUUAACUUUUAGUAUGUUAUAGAAUGGCCAAUUUUAAGCAACUAAUCAACUGGUUUUCAUUUAUUUAUUUUUUAUAGUUUUUUUAAUAAUCCAGAUUUCAAACAGGGAUCAUUGACUCCAUGUAAAAAAACAAAUGCUCUGUAAGGCUACAAAUGUAUUGUUAUUGCUACUUUGUAUUACUCACCUUUUUAUUCAGACCCUCUCCUAUUCCAGUCUCUUAUUCAAAUCAAUGCAUGGUUGCUAAGGUAAAUUGGACCCUAGCAACCAUAUUGCUGAAAUUGCAAACUGGAGAGCUGCUGAAUAAAAACCACAAAUCAUAAAAAAUGAAAACCAAUUGCAAAGUGUCUCGGAAUAUCGCUCUCUACAUAAUACUAAAAAUGAACUCGAAGGUGAACAACCCAUUUAACACACAAUCUGCUAGAAAGAUAGGAGAAAUAAAUCCCAUCCUCUGUGCCCAAAGUGACGGGUGUGUUCCGGGCAGCACAGAACCCUCAGUAGAACAUAUAGCAGAAUAAAUAUUAAGCGCAGAGUCUUCCAUCACCUUCUCAUUGUAUUCUACCGAACAAACACAUCUGUAUGUGCAAACAGUAGAGGUUGGUGAAAAUGUCAAUUCAAAUGCUCAUGUGUAAUGACAGUGUACUAACCGGGAAGUUUUUGGCUUUCUUGUUAUGUGUCUGACACAGACUAGUAUGGGCUUAAAACAUAAAAAGGGGCUGGAUAUGUUACCAUGCAUAUUCAGUGGAAAUCUGUUAUUGAUGUACAUGCUUUUCUUAUACACUUGUAUUUAUGAUCUCUUGGCUACAAUGAGUAAGCUGUUUUAUUCAUGCCACCAGCUAUAAACAAUGCCUUACAGUAACUCUCCGUAGUAAGCAGCCUAAAUGUGUUUUUAUAAAUGUGUGUGCAAGAAGCUUACUUACCCUUUAUAUAGUCUCAUCUGCUCACUGCAUGGGAAUAUUAUCCAGACACUUCUGCAUAAACUAGUCUGCUGCUUCUGCCAUAGGAUCCUAAUGGCAGUUUGCUCUGUAUUAGUGGACGGGAUAUAUGUGCUUCAGUAGGGGUUAAAAGAACAGGCAGUGUUUAUUGAGACAACAUGUUUGUAAUGAAGGAUAUAUAUGUAUUCAUUUUAUCUUUUUCAUCCUAGCAGACUCCUUACCAAAGAGUAUUUGAACACGGGGGUCAAACUAAGAAGAGAAAUAUGAUCAGCCCACUGUGCUGUAAAUAAAACUUUAUGAAAUUGUUUUCAUUGCAUUGAAAUUCUCAUAAAGAAAUAGUUUUUUUGUUUGCAGUUGUUACUGUAUUCUCUGUAUGUGUGAUGGGCCGUUUGUAUUUGCUAGUGUGCUCCAGCAGGUCAGGUCUAUCACGUAUGCAAAAGUACAAACAGAUUCGUACAGGUCGCCCUUCUGUCUAAACCUACAACAAAUUUUUAGCUGCAUUUUGAUGCAUGAUUUGCCUCGAAUGGAUAAAAGCCCCCUUCAGUUCUGUGCCCCUGGACCCCAUAUGUAGAAGCUACAGUCGUGAAAUGUAUUCCUCUGCUCGUUUAGCAGACUCCCAGAAUAUACACAUUCAGAGGCCACUAUUGUGCAUCUUUGUGCACUGUCCCAUUAUUAUUGUGAUGCACGUGUGCUUCUGUGAAGCAGCUUCUCUAGCUGAUCUACAGCUUGACGUUCAGCCAUGACAGAAAUACUGGAUAGAGUAACCAAUGACACAGAGAGCCAGUUAAUCUUGAGUGUAGAAGAGUGAUGGUUUCUGAUUGUGAUGCAAUGCUUUGGUGACUACUCCGGUGCUCAGGGAGCCAUUUGCUUUUGUGCUAGGGCCCAGAAAUGGCCCCUGGCACAUGAAGAAAUGGUUUCUCCAUGACGCCUUCUAGAAAUUGAUCAAACCUGUGUUUGAUCACCUGUAUUGUAUUCUGUGUAACUUUCCCUUUAAUCUGUCCUUUUUUUUGUGGAAUUUUUUUUCGAAGGUGUUUUCAACGGGUUGUUUAAAAAAAAAAUAAAAAAAACAAAAAGAGGAAGCAAAUGUCACUUUUGGGUUCUGCUAUGUCAAGUUUAUUUAUUUGUAACUAAAUGGUUUGAAGUUUUCCAAUAAACUCUGUGAAUUGA